AUGGAUUCACAGCCGAACGGCGAGCAAGGAGAGAUUCCCCGCCAGGAUGAUUCAAGCGAAGAGGUUGAGAUGCAAGUCGAUCAGGUGCUGGAGGACGCGUUUGUGAGCACGUCGCAGGAGGCGGCACAGCAUUUACAAGAAGGUUGGGAGGGUGUGACGGUGGAGGUCCCUCUUGAUGACGUGGCCAUGCCAGACUGGCACGAUGACGCCAUAGAUCUGACGUGGCAGAACAGCCAGUCUCGCCGCAAGGAGCCCUAUCCCAGGACUUCUCACAACUAUUUUCCCAAGACAUUAAGCCAGAUAUCCAGCCAUUUGCCGCCUACCCACCUGCGGUGCCUCCUCCCGUGCCUUUAUCCGAGCCUGCUGCCGAACCUGGAGCUGGUGGAUCACAGGAGACGAGGAGAGGAGGCUCGCUGGCUCGCCACUGAUAGCUAUGGGUCGUUUGGGUGCAGCAGCGUCCAGCCCGUGACUCAGGACUUUCCAGACUCUGCCGACCUCUUCCCCCUGCCUCCUGAGCACACUUACAGGCUGGACGAUGGGGACAAGGAUGAUCAUUCAGAUGCUUCUAUGGGGGCCAAGGACAAUAACGCAGCUGCCUCUAUUGGGAAUGAAGAGGAUAAUGCUGCUGAGCUGGAUGGGGCCGAGGAGGGGAAGGUGAUGAAGGACAGUGGUGGAGCAGAUACUAACGGGGACGUGGCAGAUGCAGAGAUACAUGGCAAUGCAGCAGCUGAUAACGGGGAUGAAGGCGGUGGGAUAGGUGAAGAGGGGACUAGAGAGGGGCACGUGGGGAGGGAAGGUGGGGGAGGGAUGGGGGGAGCAAGAGAUGGGGAUAGAGAGGGCAGGCGGGAGGACGAGGAGUUAAGUGGUGAGUGCGGUGGAGUGACUGGGGGUGGGGAGGAAGUGGACGCACGGAAGGAAAGGGGUGGUGGGAAGGAAGGGGAGCGGGGCGAUGGGGCAGCCGAGGUGCGGAUUGGAGAAGCGGAGGCAACAAGCGUGGAGUUGGGGAGAGGAGGUGAAGGGGGCAGUGGCCGACUGGUGGGACGCGAGGCAGAGAGGGGUGAGGCUGGAGGGGCAGGGGUUCGGGAGGGAGGGGAAGAAGAGGCGGAUGGGGAGGAGGAGGAUGGUCGGGGAGUGGAGGUGGAUAAGAGAGUAAAGGAGGGGGAGGAGGGGGGAGAGGGAAAGGAGACGGAGGAGGGAGGGGAGGGGAACGUAGUGGAAGGGGCAGAAGGGGGUGAGGAGAGGAAGGAGGCGGAAGAGGUGAGGGACAGUGAAAGAGAAGACGAGCAGCAGGAUGGAGACGCAGGGCGAGCUGAGUAUGCGCUUCCUGGGUCGAUGGCGAUGCCUGUGACACGCCUUAGUGAGGAAGGGGGCAGUCCUAUUAGUCAGGCAAUGGAGGAUGAGAGUGAACGAGGGCAGGCUAGCAGGGAUGCCGAGGGGAAGGGCAUUGGGCAAGAGGGGGGGAAUGAUGUGGAGGAUGGGCAGAGGGGAGGGGAUGAUGUGGAGGAAGGGCAGGGGGGAGGGGAUGAUGUGGAGAUGGGAGAAGCGGGUGUGAAGCCGACGUUUGAGGCGUGGCUGUCGGGGGAUGGGGCGGAGGAGGGCUCAUAUGAGACGCAACAGAGAAAGGAUGUGAUGCAUGCGGACGCAGAUGCUUCUGCUGUUGAUAUUGGGGAUGUGCCUGGAGCCCCCUCUGCUGAUGAUGUCCCCAUGGCACUGGAUGGUGAUACAGGUAAAGAAGGGCAGGAGGAGGGAGCGAAGGAGGCAGAGGGAGAAAAGAAGGUGCUGGGAGAAAUGGAGGUGGAGGGAGAAGAGGAGGUGAGGAGAGAGGAGGUGGGGAAUGAGACAGCAAAAGAGCAUGGGCAGGAGGAGGUGGAGGAGAAGAGGAGGGCGGAGAGGGUGGGGGGUAUAAGUUCAGUGUACGGCUCUUUCACUCGCUUUGCCAAGAGCCUCUUGUCUGGUGGCUCUAGCGCCAACGCCGGGGGUGGCGCUGGUGGUGGCGAGCGCGUGAGCGCUGGUGGUGUCGCUGCAGCUGCUGCUACUACGGCUACUGCUGAAUCUGUUGCUGCUGCUGACGAGGAGACGCAGGACGCGGAGGGGUUGGUGCCAGUGCAAGAGGAGGCGGAACUGCAGAGGGCACAGGAGGAGGACGUGCAGUGGAGAGAGAUGUAUGACACCCAGGAAACACGUGGAGGUGAAGGGCAGGAGCUGUCGUCUGUUGAGAAGAUGACUUCUGAGUUGACUCAAGAGGGAUUGGCACUCGGGGAAGAGGAGGCGGAACUGCUGAGGACACAGGAGGAAAAGGACGUGCAGUGGACAGACGCGUAUGACACCCAGGAAACGGCUGCAACGACAGAGCUUUUCAAGGAAGCGCCUGCAACAACAGGGCGUCAUGACGAAUCUCCUGCAGCAACAGAGCGCACUCAAGAAUCGCCUGCAGCGACCCAGGAGGAGAGAGAUGGAUUUGCAGCGCAGGAGGUGGAGGAGGGGGAGGAAGGGCAUGCGGAGCAUGCAGAGGAGGCGAACGAGGCUCGAACCAACCCCAAUGCCCCGAUUUCCCGCCCAGCCAAGGCUUCCCCCAUACUACCACCUUCGCUUUCACUUGAAUCGUCACUUCCUUUUUCGUGGUUGAGUUUGUUAAUUUUACUCUCCCCUUUAAAACUCAUUAACAUAAGGCCUAAUAUUCCUGUGCGGGAGAUCCAGUAUCGAGGAUGUCGCCUGGUCAAUAUUCGCUUCUGCCAUUUAUAA